AUGGACUUCAAGUCCUCUUGGCCCCUUCGGUGGGGCAGGGGCCGCGGCGUUGUUACCGUCACCUUCACCGUUACUGCUACUCCAAGCCCAGGUCACCCUCACAGUGCAGAGUGUCGCACUCAGCCUGUGCGCCCUAUGGGGUGGUCUUGUGAGUCCGUGAUUCCCGUGCGCAUGGCCAGCGCCCCUCACUCGCUGGCUCACACUGUGGGUUCCUUGAGGCUUCUCUCCUGCCUCUGCGACCACGUCUCCGUUUGUCUGUGUACAUAA